CUCAGCUUUGGGUCUCCAUGCAGACCCACAUAGAUAAUAAAAUAUUAGCUGUUAGAUUAUCGAGAGGUCACCAUGAAACUGUUUAUUUUUCUGUUUCUCCUGGAAAUACACGGCACGAUGGGACCGACUCACUCUCUGAGAUAUUUCUACACUUCUUCCUCUGGAGUCUCAAACUUUCCAGAGUUUGUAGCUGUUGGUUUGGUUGAUGAUGUUCAGAUGAUUCACUAUGACAGCAACACACAGAAAGCAGAGUUUAAGCAGCAGUGGAUGGAGAAAGCUGCAGAAGAUGAUCCAGAGUACUCAGCACGCCAGACUAACAGGCUCAUGAACACCCAGCAGGUCUUUAAAGGCAACAUCGACACUUUGAAGCAACGAUUUAACCAAACUGGAGGUGUUCACAUUAACCAGCUGAUGUACGGCUGUGACUGGGAAGAUGAAACGGCUGAAGUUAACGGCUAUCAUCUGUAUGGCUAUGAUGGAGAAGACUUCAUAUCAUUUGACCUGCAGACAGAGACAUGGAUUGCUCCAAAACAACAGGCUGUAAUCACCAAACUCAAGUGGGACAGUGACAGAUCUCUUUCAGGUGAUCUGAAGAACUAUCACACCAAGCUUUGUCCUGAGUGGCUGAAGAAGUACGUGAACUAUGGGAGGAGCUCUCUGAUGAGGACAGAGCUUCCAUCAGUGUCUCUCCUCCAGAAGUCUUCCUCCUCUCCAGUCAGCUGCCACGCUACAGGUUUCUAUCCUGACAGAGCUGAGAUGGUCUGGAGGAAAGAUGGAGUGGAGCUUCAUGAAGGUGUGAACAAAGGAGAGAUCCUCACCAACCAUGAUGGGACCUUCCAGAUGAGUGUUGACCUGGAAGUUUCAUCAAUCAAAUCUGAAGAAUGGCACAGAUACAGAUGUGUGCUUCAGCUCUUUCGUGUGAACCAGGACAUCGUCACCAAACUGGGUAAAGCAGCGAUCAGGACCAAUGAGGGUAAGAUUGGAAAAAGAAGUUCUUCAGUCUUCCCUGCUGGUGUUGUUAUCCGGAUUAUGGGAAUACUGCUCCUGCUGACACUCUGCUUCUCUGGAAUCUUCAUCUGGAGGAGAAAAUAUAAAGAGCUGUACUGACAUGCAGCUUUAGAAAGAAUUGCUCAUCUCAGCUUUGCAUGAAGACAGCCUCUCCCAGAAUUCACCUGCUUUCUGCAUACAUGCUACGACUGCACAUUCACCUGAUGUAUAUAUUAUAUAUAAUGUUCUUCCUCUACCUUUCUGCUGCAACAAGAUGGAGAAACUGCAAAUAAUACAAAAAGUUAUUUGGUUUUAAUUUGAAAGUCAAAUGCAGUUUAGAUGAAGUGUUUGCACUGCGAACCUUUACUUUUACUGUAGUAGCUCUCAGACAAAGACUUUGAAAAAAAAUUAGUUUCUCCUCCUCAGUGAAGGUCAAAAAAUUCUUGUUUUUAAUUAGUAUUCAGUUGUAAACCCUCUCUCUCUCCCUCUCUCUCUCUCUCUCUCUCACACACACACACACACACACACACACACACACACACACACACACACACACACUGCAAAUGUCUGACCCUAUACUUAUUCCUGGAUUUUCCGGUAAAGAUUUUUCAGUAGCUCAUGUCAAUAUCUGUUGCCUUAAAUAUAAGAUUCAGGAAAUUCAGUCACUGUUGUCAACAAAUACGAUAAGUGUGCUGGCUAUUUCCGAGACACAUUUAGACGCUGCCUUUGAGAAUAAUGAAUUUGAAAUAAACGGUUAUAAGUUGUAUAGGAAAGACAGAAACAGAUUUGGAGGGGGCGUAGCCCUAUACAUUAAUGAUAAUAUGGCAAGCAAACUACGUAUGGACUUAAUGUUUGACGAUCUGGAAAUUGUGUGGGUUCAGUUACACCCGCUCUAUGGCAGGCCUGUAUUAGCAGGUUGCUGCUACAGACCCCCAAGUAGUAAUAUGUUGUAUGUAGAACGAAUCUGUGAAAUGCUGGAAAGAGUAACUGAGGAAAACAAAGACAUGUUCUUAUUAGGAGAUUUUAAUAUCAAUUGGUGAGCUCCUUCUUGUCCUUUAGGGAAAAAGAUAAGUUCAUCAGCGUCGGCUUGUUGCCUGUCUCAGAUGAUCACCAUUCCCACCCGGGUCACGGUCAAUGCAGGAGGUCAUAGGUCAUCAUCAUGUAUCGAUCAUAUAUAUACAAAUGUUCCUGAGCAUUGCUCUAAUAUUGUUUCUAUUCCAGUUGGUUAUAGUGACCAUAAUCUUGUAGGUUUGACUAAGAAAAUGAAACCACUGAAAACUGCACAAAAGAUUAUUUUUCAUAGAUCAUACAAAAAUUUCAAUGCAGAUAAGUAUAUUAAUGACGUAAAAGAAACAAACAUGCCCCUUUAAAAAGAUUUACUGUUAAAAAGAACUACGCACCUUGGUUAGAUAAUGAACUUAAGGCUGCAAUGUCAGAAAGGGAUAUAGCAAAAGCAAAAGCACAUAAGUCUGUCAGUCCACAAGAGUGGGCAAGAUAUCGCGAGAUAUGAAAUCAAGUAACUAAAUUGAAUAGGCGCAAGAAGAAAGAAUAUUAUCAACUUAAGCUCAAGGAGGCCAAUAAGGACAGCAAAAAGGUGUGGAAAGUUUUAAAUAAUAUAAUGGGUAGAGAUCUUGCUCCGGUGAUGUCUCACAUCUACACGGGUGGUACGUUUAUAAGUAAAGCUAAGGACAUAGCCAAUUAUUUUGUGAAUUAUUACAGCAAUAAAAUAAUAAAUUUAAAAUCUAAUAUGAGCAGAGGUGAUUCCACCUUAUCACGUCGUCUUAUACAGGAUGUUAUCAUGAAUAAUAAGCAAUGCCAAUUUAAAUUUGAGGCAGUGAAUGUGGAGAUGGUAGAGUGCUUAUUGAUAUCACUUCCUGACGAUACAUCCUCCGGCUCUGAUAACAUAGACAGUAAACUGCUCAAAGUUGCAGCCAAGUUUGUGUCCCUUCCUAUAUGUCACAUAUUUAAUAGAUCUUUGGCAUGCAGCUUAUUUCCAUUGCAGUGGAAAGAAUCGAAAAUAAUUCCCAUUCCUAAAAACAAGAAUGACGUUUUUAAUGGUGUCAAUAGCAGACCUAUUAGUCUACUCCCUGUUCUAAGUAAAAUUAUGGAGAGGAUUGCCUAUGAACAAAUUCAACAUUACCUAACAGAAAAUCAGUUACUCACUCAGUUUCAACAUGCUUACAAACCCGGUUAUUCCACCAGCUCAGCUCUCAUUCACAUGACAGAUAACUGGUAUAAAUAUCUAGAUAAUGGGGAUUUGGUCGGGGUGGUAUUUUUGGAUUUUAGUGCUGCAUUUGAUUUGAUAAAUCAUGAUCUUUUGAUAGAUAAACUAAAAUGUUAUGGAUUUUCACCAGCUGCUUUGUGCUGGAUGGAAAGUGAUUUGUCUGGAAGAAGGCAAAAGGUUUAUUAUAAUGGUUAUUUUUCGGAGGGCUGUGAAAUGAACUGUGGUCUACCCCAAGGCAGCUGCCUCGGUUCACUUCUCUAUUCAGUCUUCACGAAUGAUUUGCCGUACGUCCUGGAUAAAUCUCAUCUUGUAAUGUAUGCUGAUGAUUCCACCAUGUUUUAUUCAGCCAGUAGCUACCCUGAAUUGACAAGCGUAUUACAACAAGAUUUGCUGAACGUGUUUGAUUGGAUAAGUAAAAACAACAUGAUUUUAAACGUGUCUAAAUCCAAAUCCAUGUUAAUAGGAAGUAGAGUACGCUUAGUCAACAGCCCACAACUAAAUCUUUCCAUAGCUGGAUCGGUAUUAGAACAGGUCACCCAGAUUAAAUUACUUGGUGUUACCAUAAACCACCACCUUUCAUGGUCUCAGCACAUCAACUCUGUUAUUAAGAAAAUGGGACAGGGCAUAGCUAUAGCUAGGAAAUGCUCUUGUUAUAUUACUUCUUCAAUUAUGAAAGGUGUCAUUAAUGCACUAGUAUUAUCUCAUCUAGAGUACUGCUCAAUCAUUUGGUCAGCAGCUAAUAAGACAGACCUGAACAGACUUCAGUUAGUCCAAAAUAGGGCGGCCAGAUUAGUGUUCAGGUGUUCAUAUUAUACAAGUAUUGAUAAAAUGCACGAUAAACUUUCUUGGCUUUCUGUACAAGCUAAAUUAUACUAUAGCUUACUUGUAUUUUUAAAGAAAGCAAUACUGGUAAACACACCACACUUUUUUUAUGCUCAGUUGUAGUAUCCAGAUGAAAUACAUAAUCAUGCUACACGAUUCUCAACCACAAUUUAGUAACUCCUGGAGUUAAAAGUAACUUUUUGAAAAACUCUGUUAUAUUUAGAGCAUCUUUUUAGUGGAAUAAGUUGCCUUAUGCAAUUAGAGAAUUGGCUUCUAUUCAUAAUUUUAAAAAUCACCUAAAAGCCUAUUUAGGCAGUUUUUAAUUUAUUUGUAAAAAUUGUAAGAGGGUAAUGUCACUUGUAAUGGAAAUUGUGUAUUUUGUUUGAGUGUUUUUUUCUUUUAUAAUUUUUAAUAUUUACAUGUUUACAUUUUCAGAAUUGUAAAACCUUAUUGUGGAUGUAAGAGCCAAAUUAUGUGGACAUUUUGCAUCCAACUCAUUGUGUAACAUUUUAUUUUGGUAUUUGAUGGUUUGGGCCCCAGGAAGACUAGCAACCACUGUUCUGGAAGCUAAUGGGGUUCCUUAUAAAUAAACAAAUAAACACUGUGUCACUGAAAAAUUAAAGUAAUUAAACAAG